GGUAGUCCAUCUGUGUUGACACGAAGAGCGCUGCGCGUGCGUCUAUGUCCGAGAGCAUCUUAGUAACGUUCAUCAGAUUUUAACGUUCACGCUUUGCAUAUGGAAAACCAGCUAGCCAGCGACAUCGUAGGGAAAUAACAUUUUAACUUUCUGCGUUCGUCGAAAGUUAGUUUGUCUAAAACUGGUCAGUUUGUUAGUUAGAUGACGCUAACUUAACUUACCUAGGUUAGUUGGUUCUAACUAGUUGCGCCUAGAAGCUCCGUGUCUGUAGUUAGCCAACUUCGCUAACCCUAACCCUAACCCUAAUCCUAAUCCGGGUAUCGAGUUACAGAUCUGUAUGCGAGUCAGAAAGAUUGUAGCUGUGUGAGUACGCGGUGAGGGCACGACAGCACAGCACUAUGAUUUUAUUGUUGAAUUCGGAUACAGGCUCACCGUAGCGUUUCUGUAUUUGGAAACAGCGGCGAGGUACACUGAAAGAUCCGAGGACAGAGGCGGUGGUUUGCUUGUUUGUGGAGUUGUUUUCCCUGUUUGUGGGGUUGUUUUCCUUGUUUGUGGGGUUGAUUUCCCUGUUUGUGGGGUUGAUUUCCCUGUUCGUGGGGGUGUUUUACCUGUCUGUGGGGGUUGGGAUGAUUGAGAGGGUAUUUAAAUGUCUGCCUGUAUAUUUGGCCCGUGAGCUAGCUAAUGGUAGCUAGUUCGGUGUCUGUUAGAAGUGUUGGCGCUGGAGCUGGAGCAGCUUCGCUGGGGAGUGUGGCGAUGUUCAGGGUGCUGUGUGACACCGUUGGCUAACUAGCUAACCGAACAGUCUUAUCCAUCGUUUCCAGUUCACCAGGUGGGCUGUUGGCCGUGCAUUGCUGGAUUAUAGAGCCAGCGACUUACUUGGUGUUGUAUGAGCCGAUGGACUAGUUUAGCAACAGCAAACGGUGGCUAGCAAGAGGCGCUUGCGAUAUUUACUGGCCAUCCGAGAGCACGUCUACAUCUGCAUGGCUUUGUGCCACUCCGAUAGUUAAUCCAUGUUUAAAGAAAAACAUUUAAAACCCAAACAAGCUUCGGAAGAAGGAAGACGGAUGAACGGCAGUCUGGAGGGCAUCACUGCAGCGGUGGCCAACAUGAAAUCUGACCGAGAAGCGGUGGAGGAAUUCUUCGAAUACGACGCAGAAGAGUUCCUGGUGUCCCUCACGCUCCUGAUCACAGAGGGCCGCACACCAGAAUGUUCCGUGAAGGGUCGCACCGAGGGCUUGCACUGUCCUCCUGCCCAGACAGGCACUCCCGUGAUCUCCAAACAUGAGUGCAAUGACAAACUGCCACAGUGUCGUCAGGCACGGCGGACAAGGUCAGAGGUCAUGUUGCUAUGGCGGAAUCACAUCCCGAUCAUGAUCGAAGUGAUGCUUCUCCCUGACUGUUGUUAUAGCGAUGAGGGCCUGGCAACGGAUGGCACAGAUCUGAAUGACCCGGCAAUAAAGCAGGACGCUUUGCUGCUGGAGAGAUGGACACUACAGCCUGUACCCAGACAGAGUGGUGAUCGGUUUAUUGAAGAGAAGACUCUUCUGUUGGCCGUACGCUCGUAUGUUUUCUUCUCACAGCUGAGCGCCUGGCUCAGUGCUUCCCAUGGCAUCGUUCCCAGAAACAUCCUCUACAGAAUAAGUGCAGCAGAUGAGGGCCUGAUCUGGAACUUCUCCCAGACUCCCUCUGAGCACGCCUUCCCCGUGCCCAACGUGUCACACAGCGUGGCUCUGAAGGUGCGUGUGCAGUCCCUGCCACGCCAGCCCAACUACCCUGUGCUGAAGUGCAGUAUCCACUCGGGCCUGGCCUUCCUGGGCAAACAUGCCCUCAGCCCCACCGAGGGAGCCUUGCGUCGCGCUCAGCCUGUUGGUGAAGCCCCCAAACCCCUGCGUCUCCAGGGUUCCCCUCUCCUGUGUCAUCGUCUCCGCUCCAUGCCACCACCCUCCUGCAGCAGCUCCUUCAACCCCCACAAGUGCCCCCCACGCCCCGAGUCGCCCCUCCUGCCCGGAAAAGCCGUGAAGUGGCUGUACAGCCGGGCGAACGGCGGCGUGGGCGUGCCGCCGUCUGACACCAAUGGCACAGAAAGCUUGGGAAAGGCAGCGGGCAGGGAUUCGUCUCCGGCCCGCAGGUUCAAAACGCUCUCCCUUGCAGACUCUGUGUCCCCCGGUCAGAGUCCCCGUCCCAGCUCGGGCGAAACAAAUCCCCUGAUUGGUUCGCUUCUCCAAGAGAGGCAAGAAGUCAUCGCCCGCAUCGCCCAGAGGCUGAACUUCUGUGACCCGACUGCACCACACCUCCCAGAUGCCCUUUUCACUUCACCCUGCGAACCACCAGUGCCCAAAACGCCCUGGAGCUCUGCUCGGGACGAAGGGCUGUAUAUGAAGACCAAAGACCCCCCCACUUCCUGUUCUCCACAGGCACAUGACCGGACCCGACCAGAGAGCCCAGCCAGCCUGGAGAGGAGCCAGACUUCUCUUUUCCACACGCCGCUUAGCCCCAGGAGCCAGUCUCGAUCCGAGCAGGUCGAUCCAGCAGAGUCCCGGACCUCGCCCAAGCCGGCGUCCUGCCGUCGGCUGCAGCUGGGCCACCCGGGGGAGGUGCAGGACAUCUCGCGCCUGAUCCAGGAGCGUCUGCAGCAAUCCCAUGAGUUCCUGAACUCUCCCUACAAACUGUGUCCCGAGCCGCUGAGCCAGAGAGCCUCUUGCCAGAACCAGAACCACCGGCUGAGCCCCAGCCCCACUAACGGCCACGUCUCUCCGUCUCGCCGGGACUGCGUCUCCGACGUAGCCAAUGGCGUCUCCAGCACCGACCCGCUUGUUCACGUGGAGGAGAGGGGGAGGGGCAGCUCACCUGAGACCCAGCACCGCUCCAGGCCAGUGACGGUAGCCCGCUCAAAGCCCACCGAGCCUGGCAUGGCUGCAGCCCCUGUGCUGGACCAGCACAGCCACCGACACACACACAGUGCCAAAGCCGAGCCCUGGGGCUCACUCGGCUGGCCCGAAGGCCCCCGCUGUCUGAACGGGGUGGAGGCACCCCAGACCCGAGAGAAACCCCAGGGGAGGCGGGCAGAGAGGCAAGCACAGGAUGAGAACAAGGAACCCUGGUCCGGUCUGUGCACUACACCCACCAGCCUACCGCAGUGGUCCCCCAAACCUGACUCCGCCCUCAACAGCAGUGCAGGCACCCCACUGAGAAGCGCCACCUCCCCACUCAAGCCCUGUAGUAACUGGAAGAAGCAGAACAGGCACUCCAUCGACGAGACCACCACCAGAGCCUUCCACCCCUGCACGGGCCUGCCCCUGCUGUCCAGCCCGGUUCCACAGAGGAGGAGCCAGACAGGAUAUUUUGAUUUAGACGCUUCGCUGAUUCGCUGCAAAGGGGUGCCUUGGGCUGCUAGUAAGAGAGUGUGUUUGAAGAAAUCUGAAGAUACAGAUGAACCUCAGCAGCUCCUUAGUGCAAGUGCCCCUCCUGCCAGUCUCAGCCUUCUGGGAAACUUUGAGGAGUGUGUCCUUAACUACCGUCUGGAGCCACUAGGCACCGUUGAAGGCUUCACCGCUGAGGUUGGUGCCAGUGGAACCUUCUGCCCCAGUCACAUGACCUUCCCGGUGGACGUGUCGUUCUACAGCGUCUCCGAUGACAACGCUCCCUCACCCUACAUGGGUGUCAUAAAUUUGGAGUCCCUGGGUAAAAGGGGCUAUCGUGUGCCUCCAUCUGGAACCAUUCAAGUGACCUUAUUCAACCCCAAUAAAACGGUGGUUAAGAUGUUUGUGGUGAUGUAUGAUCUGAGGGAGAUGCCUGCUGGCCAUCAGACAUUCCUCAGGCAGAGAACCUUCUCCGUCCCCGUCAAACGUGAAUUCAACGGAAACAACAACAAGAAGCCCCUCCCCUUACUGGGCCAGGGACGAACCCUGCGCUACCUCAUUCACCUGAGGUUCCAGAGCUCAAAAUCUGGAAAGAUCUACCUCCAUCGGGACAUCCGUCUUCUGUUCUCACGUAAAUCCAUGGAAGUGGACAGUGGGGCAGCCUACGAGCUCAAGUCCUUCACAGAGUCGCCAGCCGACCCACCCUUCUCCCCCAGAUGCUAAUCCAGUCAAGUCUGACCUAAUCUGAUCUAAUUUAAUCUCACUCCAGCAUAGGGGCCUUACUCAAUCAGAUUCCCCUCCUCUCCCCCGCCUGUAGUCUGUUUUUUUUUUUUUGGUUUUUUUUUUACCUGCAAGGGAAACAGGGAUCCAGGGCCCUUCACACUCCGGCUCAGAGUAGUGUGACAGGGACAUAUUCCCCCUUAACAAAUAAUAGUAAUAUUAGUCACACAAACACACACCCACAUGAACAAAACCCAGAUCAUCAGUCCUUUGGUGUUCCAGCAUUUUAAAGCAGUGGACGUUUUGGGCCUUUGGAUUUUGUUGCAGUUUUAAGUCUUUUACAGGGAUUUGGUGCAGUUUGUUAGAGGGGGUGGAGUUAUAGACCAUUAAAAAAAAAAAACAACAACCACCACCCUGAAAGAAUAAAUGACUUUGAAUAGAGCACUGUGUACCUCCACCAGAACUGGAAAGGAAAGUAGUAUUAUUAUACUAUUAAAUUAGUAUUAUUCUACUAUUUCUUUUUUUUGUACUGUUACCGAACCACUUUAAUCGGAAGUGUUGCAAUAGAAAAAAAUCUUAACUAGCUUAGUGUUUACAUAUUUACUUUGUCAGUUAUUUAAUAUUUAAAUUGGUAUUUCAUUUAAUGCACAUGUGACGCCUGUCGUGCUCAGCAUUAUGACGUAGUGCAAUAUGUUUCAAUCAUACUGUGUAUUUUUGACUUUAAUAUUCAGAUCUGAAAUAAAAGAAU